AGGGCCUGAAAUAUGAACUGGGACGUGGUUAGAGCUGGGAACAGGGACCGAGAGGGUCUGGGGGACACACUCAAGGGAGAAAUCCCAGGUCACUGUGAGGACACGCGCCUGACGCUCGAAUGGGCCCUGCUGACGUGGCAGCCCUCUCCCCCGUCCCCCAGGCCCCCCACCCUCUCCCCCGCCUGCCAGCUGCCAGCAGAGCUCUGCCCUGUGUCUGCGACACCUGUCACUGCCAGUCUUUGUCCGGGGGGGCCCCAUCAGCCCCUCCUCAGCCACCCAGCAGAGCAAGCGGUUUGUGGGGAGGGGAGGGAACAUGGAGCGGGGGCAGGUGGUGGGGGCAGGGCGGGGGGCCGUGGCCCGGAUCCGGGCCCUGCUGGGUGGCCUGCUCAAGGUGCUGCUCUGGGUGGCCUCCGCCUUGCUGUACUUCGGGAGUGAACAGGCCGCCCGUCUGCUGGGCAGUCCCUGCUUACGGCGCCUGUACCAUGCCUGGUUAGCGGCCGUGGUCAUCUUUGGGCCCCUUCUGCAGUUCCACGUCAACCCUCGGACCAUCUUUGCCAGCCACGGCAACUUCUUCAACAUAAAGUUCGUGAAUUCCGCAUGGGGCUGGACGUGCACCUUCCUAGGAGGGUUUGUGCUGCUGGUGGUGUUCCUGGCCACGCGGCGUGUGGCUGUGACCGCCCGGCACCUGAGCCGGCUGGUGGUGGGGGCGGCCGUGUGGCGGGGGGCCGGCCGGGCCUUCCUGCUCAUUGAGGACCUCACGGGCUCCUGCUUUGAGCCUCUGCCCCAGGGCCUGCUGCUCCAUGAGCUGCCGGACCGCCGCAGCUGCCUGGCCGCCGGCCACCAGUGGCGGGGCUACACGGUGUCUUCCCACACCUUCCUGCUCACCUUCUGCUGCCUGCUCAUGGCCGAGGAGGCCGCCGUGUUCGCCAAGUACCUGGCCCAUGGGCUGCCCGCCGGCACACCCCUUCGCCUGGUCUUCCUGCUCAACGUGCUGCUGCUGGGCCUCUGGAACUUCCUGCUGCUCUGCACCGUCAUUUACUUCCACCAGUACACGCACAAGGUGGUGGGCGCGGCCGUGGGCACCUUCGCCUGGUAUCUCACCUACGGCAGCUGGUAUCGUCAGCCCUGGUCUCCAGGGAGCCCGGGCCAUGGGCUCUUCCCUCGGCCACGCUCAGCACGCAAGCAUAACUGAAAGCAAUAAAGGCACUGCAAGCCUGGCUCUGGCUCCUGUUACUUGCCUGCAGGCACCUGGUAGAG